UAUGGAAGAGACGGAGCUCGGGGGAGCGCGGCGCCAAUUUCAAAUGUUCAGCCGUGGGGAGCGUUACCGGGCCACCGUGUCCAAGUGUUCCGCCCUGGGGAUGGAGAUCAAGCGCAAGAAGAUCCGGGAGAGUGCAGUCUUCCCAGCGCAGGAAGACAGCUGCAUUCAGGAAAAGCUAGACUUUGAAGUUCGUAUGCGGGAAGGAAUCGGCAAGUUGUUAUCAGUCAGCACUCAGAAACAUCAAAUACUGAAUGCAGUGAAAAAUCUUAUGAUCUGUAAUGCACGUAUUCAGGUUUAUAUAAAACAGCUCAAUUCCCCUCCGGAAGAAAGCAGCGUGAUGAAUUCUGGCCGACGGUCAUCAGAUGUUGGUGUGAAGGAACGCUCAGCCUGUACAGGAAAGCUGGCAAUAUCAGGAAUUCGAAUCCCAUUGAUGUGGAAAGACACCGAUCAUUUUGGCAGCAAGGAAAAGUCGCAGAGAUAUGCAGUUUUUUGCAUGCUAAAACUGGACCAGGAAAUAUUUGACACAGACAUGGUAAUCGUGGACAAAACCAUGACUGAUAUAUGUUUUGAGAACAUAAUUGUAUUCACGGAAGCAAGACCAGACUUUAAGUUAAAACUGGAAGUAUAUAGCUGCUGCAUGGAGGAAUCAUCUAUAACCAACACUCCCAAGAAACUUGCACGGAAGCUCAGAAACUCAAUUGGGAAAUCUGCUGGGAAGAAAUUUAAUUCAGAGACCGAAGAAUCUGAGCCAGAAGAAUGUGUAGUUUUAGUGAAUGCAUGUUUUUAGGGAGCAAAAUUCAACUUACUGGCUCAUAUAACAUUCGCAUUGGAUAGUGUGGAGGACAACUUUAGAACCCAUACCCUUACUGUGGAUGGGCAUGAGGAAUGUUCCUUUUGGCUUCCUUUAUAUGGAAGUCUAUGCUGCAGUUUAGUUGCUCAGCCAACCUGUUUGACAGAUGAAGUCAUGGUGGGGUUCCUUAACCAACAGGAAAUGGUUGGUGGUGUUCGAAGCUGCAUCAAGCUAUAUUGCAUACUGAAAGGUGCUAAUCUUUACUGCUACUACACUCCAGAAGAGAUUGAGGCAAAAAUUGAACCAACAAUGACCAUUCCUAUUAACAAGGAAACGAGAAUCAGAGCUGUAGAGAAAGAUUCCAAGAAAAGGACAAACAGUUUUUCCGUAAUCAACAUUGUGUCUGGCGAAGCCAUAACUAAAGUAUUUUCAGCUGAUAGCCGAGAAGAUCUUCAGAAAUGGAUGGAAGCUUUCUGGCAGCAUUUUUACAACCUCAGUCAGUGGAAGCAUUGUUCAGAAGAACUUAUGAAAAUAGAGAUUAUGUCACCGCGAAAACCACCAUUGUUUCUAACAAAAGAGGCAACUUCUGUGUAUCAUGAUAUGAGCAUUGGGUCACCUAUGAAGUUUGAAAGCUUAACGGAUAUACUACACAGGAAAAUUGAAGAAACCGAUGGGCAGUUCCUUAUUGGUCAGGAAGACUCUGCUCCUCCUCCUUGGGCAGCAUUAUUUGAUGGUAACCACCAACUACACAUUGAAAAAAACCCACAUUCUCCACCUUUAAAAGGAGAAGUAGAAAAUGUCAUAGAUGUCAAGGGGAAGAAGAGAAGGGCCCCACCACCACCACCCAAUAAGACUCCAUAUACCGUUGGAGAACAAAAAAUCCCAGACCCAUCAGAAAAGGAGAACCUUUGGCCAAGAUCAAGCUUUUCUCGCAAGUCUCUCGAUGCAAAAUUGAAUUCCAUCAUGCAACAGUUCCAGAAGCCAAUGACUGCCCCUCGAAAGCCAGUAUCGUCUGAUAAAAAUGUCUCCAAUAAUGACGAGCUUCAGACAAGCAGUGAAGAGAAUUGUCCAUCCAGACCGACCCCAGCACCAAGGCAGAAGUCCAUAAAAGAACGGUUGGAUCCCAGAUCAUGGCUGCAGAUACAAGAGUGACUUAAUUCUGUGUAUAAUUCCACAUGAUGCGCGUGUGUGCAUAUCCUUUUAAUUAUAUUUUUAAUUCUAUGUUGGAUAUUAAAACUGGAAUAAUCCACAGAAAAUUGACUUUAAUUUUCUACAAAGAACUCUGUGAAAAUGGUUUUAUUUUGUUUUUUCUCAAUCCUCGGAGCAAUUUGUUGCAUAGAAUAAUUGGCUUAUGUUUAAUCACAAUCCUAUCCUCGUGUUAUUUGUAAUGUUCUCAGCCUAUGUAGAAGAAUUUUUCGAAUACCCUGAAAGAAAACUGGGCUCUUAAUCUUCAAAGAAAGUUUUCUUUCUUAUCAUUAUCCACUGGAUUGCAGACUGUUCUGCCUCAUAAUUACGCACAGAACACAAAAGUAAAAUGUCAGUUUAAGUUGACUCACAGACAUGAAUUCUUGUCUGUGCCAGAUGCCGUCCUGAGCUCCGGCUACACAAUCAUUAGCCUUAGUAAUAGCGUCUAUUACAGUUCAUGAUCUCUACUAAUGAAAUAUAAGGAAAUCGUAUCGUAUGCAAGCAUGGAAUGUAAGAAAUGUAUUGUAAUGUUAACAAUUGUUGGUAAUGAAAAGCUGGUUUAUGAAAAGGCGGAUGAUG